AUGAUAUCGCAAAGCGUGAACGCUUUUUUCUGGAUCCUUCUCUACAGUCUAGUUGCUGGUUAGUCAUAGAGAAAGUUGCGGCCUAACUUUCCAAUUAGGGGAAAAGUUAGGCCGCCGAGUCCCAAAGAUCUCAAAAAGAAACUGCUUGGUUUUGAAGCGUUUAAACUUUAUGCCUAAUUGAAAGGCAUGGCCUAACUUCCAAAGUCGUGAAAAAGUUAGGCCAUCCCACAACCUAGUCCCAAUGAAAUUGAUGGCCUAACUUUUCAACUGAAAACGAGUUAGGCCACACUAGACAGUGCUUUUCUACUUGGCCUAACUUUUCCCAGUCCCCCCAUCUUUCAGCAAUCUCGCCGUUCAGCCUCCUGGACCGAGUACACCGAAAAGACGUGCGCACGAGUAUUCCCGAUUUUCGUACAUCGGACGCCGACGUCGGAAUGCGAUCGGUACAGUAGUCUCUAGAGCGGUCCCUACACUAUCUCAUUUCCAGGCUCACUACAUCGGCUCGUUCCGCGGCGAGCCCAUUAAAACGCGCCAGCACCACGCGUUCAUCGACGAUAACGGGUAAGGCUUGCCGGGAGAAUCGGAUAAUAUCAGAAAAUGGGAAUUGCAGUGUCCCGAUUCCACUUCUUCCCUUUGCCGACCGCUUCUCGUCCGCCGAAUCCGCCCACGAAUCCGAGGCUGAGGCGCGGGCGAUGGCGCGUGAACGCAAAAUGCAUAAAUGGGCCAGUGAGAGGGGCGGUCUGGUGGCGGCAAGGAACCGGCACCGAUAA